AUGGCAGAUCUGAAUAAUGUUUCGGAAAUCCAACUCGGAUUUUUCGAGGGACUCACGGCCUUGGAGAAGUUUUAUUGCUAUCCCUGCUACCUGGGACUGACCCUGCGGAACGGUACCUUGGCAUUCAACAGUCCAUAUUUGCGAGAUGUGGAUGUCCUAGCUGGUGGAAUCUUAAGCCUGGAAUCGCACGCAACCACAGGUCUCAUGCCCGACACAAGAAUCAGUCUAGGUGGUAGCCUCAUCUCGGAACUGGCGGAAGGGACAUUCCGCCCCAUGCUCGAGAUACUCUCGCAGGGUGAAGGCUCCAUCUCAGUGAGCAGUGAGAUCUUCGACUGCUAG